GGGCAGUGACAACAACAGCAGCAGCAGCUGGUGACGGCGGCGGUGGAGGAGGAGGAGGCUAAACUGGAGCUCAAGAGUGGCGCUCGGAAGGAAUGGACAACAUUUAAGCCACCGCGGUUUUCUGCCAACCAGGUGAGACGUCAGUUGAGUCAUGGAGGACGACGGCAGAUUCAUAGAGUUUGAUGUGCCAGAGUUCAGCAACACUGUACUUAAGCAGCUCAAUGAGCUGCGGCUCCAGGGUAAGCUCUGUGAUAUUAUUGUGCACAUCCAGGGCCGACCAUUCCAGGCUCACAAAGCUGUGCUGGCUGCCAGUUCACCGUACUUCCGUGACCACUCGUCUCUAGGCACCAUGAGUGGACUGUCCAUUUCGGUGAUCAAGAACCCUGCAGUGUUUGAGCAGCUAUUAACCUUUUGCUAUACGGGACACAUGAAACUAUGUCUACGUGAUGUUGUAAGCUUCCUUACGGCUGCCAGCUUCCUGCAAAUGCAGGCCGUCAUUGACAAGUGUACACAAAUCCUGGAGGGCCUCCACUCAAAGAUUAGUCUGCCUGUAGUUUCUGGCCGAGCAGAAGCUGAAGAAGACCUUGAUUCUAGAGCUAGACUCAAUGGUGCAAAAGAUGUGGGCAUUUUUUUGAAUCCGACCCAGAUUUCCCCACCUUAUUACCCUAGGAAAAGCUAUCGAGUAGAGGCUAGUGGAGGUGGAAAAGGGCUUGCACACUUAACAGAAGAAGGGCAGUCAGAUCGAGGGAGUGAUUGCACUUCAGAGCAGGAGGCAUCAAUGGAAGUAGAGCUGGAUCAAGUGGACAUGAUUGAGAAGAAUGGGCAAGUCACCGACAUACAAAUCAAGCUGGAAAAAACGGAGCGGCCCACCUACUCAGACAGCUCGUCAGCGGGUGAUGAUAGCUACCACACAGAACUGGUGGAUGGUGAGCAAGUUCUAGCUGUGACUGUAGGACCUUAUGGGCCAGUGCCAUCCUCUGCUCAGUGCACCUAUUCGGCACUCUCUUCAUCCUGCUUUGUUGGUAUCAGUCCAUCCAGUCCCUCUCAGUCAAUUCUCAGUGGAUUUCGAGGUGGCCGCACCAGACCUAAGCGCAGUACACCAGUCCCAGCUGAUGUAAUUUCUCAGCUUAAGCCAGGCACAGAGGAUGGAGACGGAAUAGCAUCAGGAGUUGUUUUUGAGAAUGAUGUGAGGGAACGAGGUCUCCGUGGCCAUUGGUAUCCUUUUAAUGAGCGUCUUGUGUGUGUCUACUGCGGCAAGUCCUUCAACCAGAAAGGCAGCUUGGACCGCCACAUGCGUUUGCACAUGGGCAUUACUCCAUUCGUGUGCAAGUACUGUGGCAAGAAGUACACUCGCAAAGACCAACUAGAGUAUCACAUCCGUGGUCACACAGACAAUAAACCCUUCCACUGCCAAAUCUGUGGCAAGUGCUUCCCUUUUCAAGGCACCCUCAAUCAGCACUUGCGUAAGAAGCACAUGGGUUCCGGUGUCGAGAUGAACAACCACACAGGCCCACAAGGUGAAGCAGCAGAUGGCCAGAAAGGGGCACCAGUGGAAGUCUCAGAGAACGUCUACAGUGAUGCAUAUAACGAUGAUGAGUCUACAAAAAUCACAAGCGAGGAGAGUGUAAAAGGCAGUGCUGAAGAACCACCUGGGUCCAGAUGUGAUUAUUAAGUAAUCAAGAUAAUAGUGAGUUUCAUUCUGCAAUGCGCAGCCUUUAAAGUAGUUGUUGAACCCGCCUUGCACAUUUUCUUCUUGUGCAUUUUUUGUGAUCUGGUUUAAGAAGAGAUACUGCAUUCUUAAUAAGCAAGUUUUUCAAAGGUGAGGGGAAUUGCUGUCAAGGAGAAGGAUUGAGUGGGACAUCUCAAUAAUUAAGGCCUUUUAAAGAGUUUUUUUUUUAUAUUUUAUAUAGAUAAAUAUUUCCAUGUUUUUAAGCAUAGAGUAAUAUAGGCAUGUUGCAAUAAUGAAUAAUGUGAAAGCUCAGAUAAGAUGCUUGUCAUAUCAUGCUUUUACCUGACCUGUUUUUGCACAUUUGGCCUUAAGUGGGCUAAUAACUCAAAAGGAUUGGUUUUACCUACCAGUGCAAAAGCUCUGUGACACAUCUGUUCAAUACCUCAUCAUACAAUGUAACAUACUCACAGUAAGACAGUAUUUGUCAGUUUAUUUAACUCCAACUGGGUUCUUUCUCAGUCCAGAACCUGAAAGGAAGUCAAUAAGCAUCUUGUUUUAAAGGUUUCAGUUGCUUUUACCUAGCAAUAUUGGCACAACACAUUUCCACUACACACAGCCUUGGUACUACAGUGAACGUUUUUGAGCCUGUAUUAAAAUCCAAACUGCAUUCUUUAGAUUUGUUAAAAAUGCUAUAUGUUUUUGAGAGGUGCUUUUUGGGUGGUUAGAGUUAAGUUGGGUUAUAGUCUACAUGCUCUAUGCAGAAUUACGGAUGGGCAAUUAAAGAAACCAAUAUUGUGAGAUGUAUAGUUAUUUACAGCAACAGAAAAUAAAUAUCAAACCAAAUUGAUUGAUUAUAAUACAAGAAAACAUAUUUUUAGAUUUUACUACAAGAAAGACAGUAUAAUCAAAAAAGAUAAAAUCAGAAGAGCUAAUGUUGAUUUGAGUUUUACUGUUGCAGUGUAUAUUUGCUAGUUUUGCUGGGCCAUAGUCCCACUGUAAAAAUCCUAAUGCUCAAAAUUCUCUCUGAGCAGCACAAUUAUAUUCUCAGUACUGAAAAUCAUGCCAAAACUCCUCAACACUAAACCAUUAAAUGCAUUCUUAAAAUAGUGUAAGAUGAGUCUCGCUUUACAUGGUUUUGAUGACCCACAUCAGCCAUCUUGGGGAUGAAUGUCUUUUGUUGCCUUUAAAGAACUUUAUUCUACAUAAGAAAUAUUCAGUGUCAAUUUCAGUUCUGUUGGUAUGAUCUUAACUACUAUUUUUUAGAAGACAUUUACACAUCAGUUUUAGAAUUUAGAAUUUCUAAGCUUUUCCAGAGUUCAAAUUUCUUUCCCAUUUGACAAAGUACUAAUCAGAAUAUAUCCUGCUUUCUAGAUACAUUAACAGUGCAGCAUCAUUUCACACAGAAACACACAAAAGCAGGAAUAUCAGGUGCUAAAUUGGAUAAAAAAUUAAGCUGAAAAGCUAAUCUGAUCUAAAUUGGGUCAAUACAUUUUUCAUGUUAAGAAUAUAAGCACUGUCUGCAAGAAAACAUCAAUGAUACCUCUAUUUACAAUCAAUCAUUUACAUAUUUAUGAUUGCAAUUUUUAGACCUGAAAGUAUGGUUUAAGCUUGAAGUGUUUAAUAAUGUAAAGCUUGUAGAUCUGGAAUUGAUUCUGGGAGUGUGUUUGGCUAACACUGAGAGGAACACUGCUGCACCAUUAGUCAUAUAUUAGACUCUGGAAAUUAUCUCUAAAUCGUACUGUUAGGAAAUCUUUAUUAAUCUUAAGUCUUCAGGCUAAAAGCAGUAUGAGCAGCUGUACAGUUGGCUUUGAAGGCACACAGGCUUUGUCCCCAAUAAUGAAAAUUUAUGUAGAGUAAAUAUUAUGUAAUCUGCAUGACUAAGAUUUUCAUUCUUCACUGACCAACAUCAAAUAAGACAGGUGAAAAGGUUUACCUGUGACAAUCUCUGGAUAUUUUUUCCCAAGUGUUUUGAAAAACACUGACUUACAAUGCUCUAUUUGUACUCUUCAAAAUUUGUGUUAAUAAUUCAGUCACUGUAAACAUUGAGUGCUCUUUGCCCUGCAAGACUCUUGUGCAGAUUGCUCCAGGGCUUGCAUGGCUUCCUUAACACAUACCACUUAUGCUAGGCGUUUCUUAUUUGCUAUUGAAUAUAUAGCACUUAAUCUGAAAUAAUUUGUUGUUAGCCUGUGUCGGCUGUAUUAUGUUUUUCCUCAUUUAACAGUUAACACACAACAUCUUCCUUAGACCAAAGCAGGUGGUUUUAUGGUUAACAUACAAAUGGUGCUUAUUGUUCUUGUUUGUUUUUCAUUAUUUUAUAGACACAGUUUAUUUAAAUCAGUUUGUCUUUGUAUUUGUAUGUUUUAUAUUGUGAGUACUUUUAAGGAAACUGUCAAACCCUUUGUCUUAAAAAGGCUUGUUAUGUAAUGUGUGAUUCCGCACUGAGAAAAGUAGCAGUGCUUCAGAGAAUCCUGUGGAGGUUCUGCUUUCUUUCCCUGUGGAGGUUUCCUUACAUGUUUUAUUUUUGUUUUAUUUUUAUUUUAUUUUUUUUAUCCUUUUUAUUUCAUCUUUUUUUUUUAUUUUUGUCUUUUUCUUGUGAAAAAUCAGUCAAAUGGUUUCAAAGCCUAGGCUUGCAAGCAGGCAUAAACUGAUGGUUUCUAUUAUGAUGUGUGUGCUGGUAAUGGCUGUAUCAGUCAGCAGUGAUUUUCUGGUGGUCAUUCUCUAUUUUGGGAAUGAAGAGUAGCUGACCUCCUCAAUAACAGAUAGACUCCUGUUUAUUAUGUACCUACCAUAUGUUGUAUGUAAACAUCCUAUUUGAACACAGCCAUUGUUCUGAUUAAAAUGACAUGUUUUUGAUUAUAUAUAGUAAAGAGAUUAAAGAAUUUCUGCCUAAUAGUUGAUGCAAUCUUGGCCACUAACCAAAGAUCAAGCCAAAAAAAAAUAGAGUGAUGGUUAUAUACGCUGCACAGUUGAGUGUUGGGAGCAAACCCAAAUCCCACAACCAUCGAGAAAUCAUGAAAUUAUUUUCUAGCCAAACAUCCACUGGGUAGUGGUGUGUGAGUUCUUGCUUUUUCAAAUUUUUUUUUGUUUGUUUUGUUUGUUUUUUUAAAACUGUGUCUGAACAAAGGACAAAAUCUGCUUAAGUGCUGUUAAGAUAAAUGUGACUUAAGCCAUAAACAUGUAAUAGCAGUGGUCGGAUGACUGGAUGUGUUUAUUUCUUUGAAGAACAAAUGAGUUCGAAACAUCAGUUCUUAUUAAAUAAUCUGUAUUAGGAUUGAAUCUGUGCCUUGCCACAAGAAAUGCUCAUAUACCCCUUUUCUUUUUCAGUUACAGGAAAAAGAAAAGUUUGUGCAUAAAUCAGUUCAUUUCGGUCUAUGUGUAUCUAUUAAGCAAUUGACAUUUGUGCUUAUUAACACCACUUGUCAGGGUUCUCGCUUUAUAAAUGCAUAUAAUCUUGUACCUGUUGCUUUUGUGUGUUAUACUAUGUGUUAAAGUUUUACAGAGUUAAGAAGUUAAAUGCAGUAGCAGAGAUGUUGCAUUAAUAAAUGUAAUAUGCAGUUUUGACCGGAAGAGAUUGUAGCAGGUCAUAAAGGGACAAUCAGACAGCUUCAUACACGCGAAGCUACCUCUUGAAAUAAGUGAUAUUAUACCUUUGACUAUUGAAUUUAACUUUUAAUUAGUUUUUGGCACGAAUGAAUCCUUUUAUUAUGCCAACCACUCUGCAGUUUAAUAUUGAAGUGCAUGCUAGACCACUUGUAGAUGUAGAAAUGUACUGCAUGGUGGUUACAACAUUUAUAACAAACACAGAGAUGGAGAUCUGUAUUUCUGUUUGUAAAUUUUAUUUUCAUUUUAAAUGUAAUUGUCUGGCAUGCACUUACGAUGAGCUUUCCUUUUUUAUUUUAAUCAAAAGAUAUUCUAGAUAGAGGGGACUAGCUUACAAUAUCUUUCUUCUCUUAAAUGGGACUCAAAUAUAAGGCCUCAAAUAUUUCAUGUCUAGGGAGUUUUAAUGGUGCUUUUAGACUGGUCAGGUUUAUUUGAUUUCCUCUACUAAUACAUAUGUACAUAAAGGGGCAUAGUGGUGAUUUUAAAUAUGUUCAAGUAUAACGAGAUUAGUGUCAAUCAACUCAUUUUGACAAGAUAAGAUAACUGUUGUUCACUGUUUGUGUUCAAAUAACAGAAUGGCCAGGCAGUUACUGUAAGCUGUGACAUGAAUUAGAAUGAAGGGUUCACAGGAAUAGAACUAGGACUACUUUAAGAAUUUUCAGCUUGUCCUUAUAUUAAAGCUGACUUGCUUCAGGUAGUUUAUGAACACUGAUAUUAGUUACAAAGUCUUCCAUUGCUUUUCUGCUUCCAACAUGUCCCCACUGUGUGAUGCAAAAGCAAUAUCCUUUUUAAAACAGUUUGGCACUGCAGUCUGUUGCACAUUUACAGAAGAAUCAAGUCUCAAUGUGAGUGCUAUCAGUGAUAUCAGGGAGCCAUGGAGAUGAUUAUAACUUAGAGUUUGUGAAAAUUUGGAUACAUUGUGUGAAAAUGAUUCAAAGUGUGGCUUCUUGAUUUACUUCACUUCAUAGGCCAUGUAUCAGCUGAAAGCUAUGAGUUUCUGAGCCUCACGGAUGUUUUGUUUGUGCGUUUGUCAACCUUGACUAUCCAUCUGCCACGUCACUACAGUCAUUUCAAUGCUGUAUCUGUAUCAAAUGUGGAAAAGCAGCCUGGUUGGGAUGUGCUGCUUCCCUGAGAACCAGAAGAUCUCUUCCACAUCCUCAUGUACUGGGACUACAGAUCAAAAGAAGACUGUCCGCACUUGUGUACACUGCACUGAAAGUAAUAAGUAUGUCUUCUCAGUGGAUUUCUGUUAUCGAACAGUCCCUGGAAUUCUGUUUGCUUCUACAGUAGUUCUCCUGUAUUCUAUGAUAUGGCAAAAAUGUACAACUCAGGGUUUACUAGUAUUCAGCUAUGGCCACUUUGGACAUGCAGUGCAUUUUGUAUGUUCAAAUUAAUCAUGCACUUUUACUUCAGGUUGGGGAAGCAAGUCCUCAGUCAGUGGUUCCCAAAAAAAAUCAGUCUGCCUCAUGGGUGUCUGUAAAACACCCAACCUUUUUUUUCCGUUUUUACUUUCUGUAUCCAUGGGCUGAGCACAGGGCUUUAGCAUAGAGGAAAUGCUGGAGAUCUCUAAGCAUUUUCCAUGGAAAUAUCUGUUAUCCACUAUAUUAACAACCUCACAAACCCUACUGUGAACCUCAGAAAUUCUACUGUUUUAUACACUUAUGAAGUACGUUAAAGCUAGCUGGUGCCAAUGCUGUAAACAUUAACUCGCCAUUUUUUUAUUUUGUUCAUAGCAUGAAAUAAUAUUUAUUCAAAUUAUAUAUUUUGCUCAUAAUCAUUCUGUGCUGCUUUUUUUUUUGUUUGUUUUACAGAGCUUGUAAAUUGCUUUUUUAUGAUCUAUAAAUGACAAUAGAUGCACAAAAUGCAAACUGCAUUUAUUCGUAAAAUAAAGAUGCUGAUUUAGCAAA